AUGUAUAUAGACGCGUUCAAACGGAUCCUCUUUGAAAGGCUGAACUGCUUGAAGAGAAUGUGUGUGUGUCAGCGACAAGGCAGCUCAUUUGCCAUGUCUAAGACAGCGGUGAAGAAGCUGCACUGGCGCUCCAGAGUGCAGGACAGCUUCGUCCCCUUGCUGGGCUCGUCGGGGGAGCUCGGGGUCGGCGGAGGAGCCGACUACGGAGAGUUUCCCUUUGUCACGUCAGCUCCGGGGGGCGGACUCACAGUGGGGGACAUCAUCCUAGAGAUUGGGGGAACACCUGUGCUGGGCAUGACAUUAGGAGAUGUCCGUGGUUGUCUCAACUCCUGCCCCCAUCCCAUCCGCAUCAAAACUGUGGCACCAGGCUCCACAUUGUGCAAGGAUCUCAGGUUGUAUCUGAGUAAGUGCUUCACACCCGGAUCAGUGGACAGCCAGCUUCAGCAGGUCAUCCGAGAGAACCUCUACCUCCGCGCCGUACCUUGUACAACCAGGCGUCCCAGAGACGGAGAAAUCUCAGGGAUCGACUACAACUUUGUCUCCAUCGAGGAGUUCUUCUCCCUGGAGGAGUCAGGAGCGCUGCUGGAGAGCGGGAAGUUUAAAGGGAAUUAUUACGGGACGCCUCGGCCCGUCCACAUCAGCUCGGACAGCCCCCCCAUCACCUACCAGGAACACCGCAACCUGCUCAGGAAGUUCCGCACACGCAGCAAAUCGCUCAGCAACCUGGAGAAGGCGGUGGAGGGGGGGGAAAACAGCGAGGACGACUCGGGGGGCUCUGCAGGUCUGAGCAGCAGCUUCCGACCCAGCCACCGCUCCCCCGGUCGACCCCGGGCCUCCAGCAGCGGGGGGGAGGGAAGUCCCAUCGUGAACGGGAUCAUCCUCAGCAGGAGCGGAGCCAGGGUCCGAGCUGUGAUGCCUGAUCACUGGGAGCAGGCCUUCAGUGAUCCAGGAGACUCUCAUUACAUAGAUCGCAACCCGAAGACGAGCAGCUGGCAGAGUCCUCGAGCCUCCAGCAGGGAGACGGUCUACAAGAACGAAUGGUUCACGGAUCAGCCCGAGGAGCUCCGGGGUUUCCCUGUGCACACGCUUCUGACCAAGGGCUCCCGGGGGUUUGGUUUCAACAUCGUGGGCGGCAGCCGGCUGAGGGAGUUCCUCCAGAUCUACAGUGUGACGUCCAGCGGACCUUCAGCUCUCAAGACAGCGGACAUCCUGGUCUACAUCAAUGACGCCUGUGUGCUGGGCGUGUCUCACAAGGAGGUGGUGGAGAUGCUCAAGUCGGUGCCUGUCGGCCACAGUGUGGAUGUGGAGGUCAGGAGAGGUUACCCCAUGCUCUAUAACCCCGACGGCAUCCCCAAGCACCCCCCGCCGAGGCUAAUGGACAACGGCGAGCCCAUCCUGCCCCCCACCACCACCCAGCCUCACCAGCUACCUCGCCUCCACACCCCCACCCCCCAGUACUUCACCUUCAACGGCGUCCACAGCGAGAGGAGCUACAUGGAACCGGGGGUGACUCUGGACGCCAACGGGAACGCCAUGUCGUACGCCAUCAGGCAGCCGCCGCCGUACCGACGCUCCAGCAUGAGCAACGCCGCCUCCUCGCCCCCCCUGCGCCCCCCCCGCUCCCUGAGGAGUAUAGCCCGGCUGCAGUCGCUCGACCAGAACCUGGCGAGCCAGAGCGACAGUGAAGUGGUUUCUGCGAUCGGCUCACACAGGGCUUCAAUGGUCCGUAACCACAACAACAACUCACUCUCGACACCCCCCCAUCCCAUACGGUACGGCACGUCCAAGUCGUCAGAGAGCGACCUGUCCACCUGCACGCUGUCGGGGUCCCGGCUGCCCCUCCCCCAGUCGCCCAGGAGGCCGGGGUCCUCGCCCUGCGGCCCCCGGGGCGCCCAGUCCCACGUCUUCAGACAGCAGACCUCCCAUCUCAGGCCUCCUCCCGCCUCUGACAGCCCCUACCACCGUGGCAUCAGCGGUUUCCAUGGCAACACCAGCCCAACUGCCAGCCCGGGCAGCGUGUCCUCUCCCGGGGGGGUGAGUGUGGGCAGCGGAGGAGAGCUGGUGCCCGUGGCCUUGGCUCAGGCUGAAGGAGACAGAGGCCUCGGCUUCAGCGUGACGGCCGGCGGCCACGGAGGCAGGAUGACCAUCGUGAAACGAGUCUGGGACAGGAAGCAGUGCAACUCUCUGCAGCCAGGGGACGCUAUCGUCAAAAUCAACGGAGCUGAUAUCCAGAGUCUGAGCUUUUCACAGGUACAAACAGUUCUCCAGGAACACACCAGACAGGGAGAAGUCGUCUUACUGGUUUACAGAGGAGGCAUCUAUCACUCCACCGUCUCGCCCGGCUCAGCUCUGAGACUCCCCCCGCCUCUCCUCCGCCCCCCUCCUCCACCCGCUGGCUCCGAUGACUCCAGUCUUCUUCCAGAAACUCUGCCUCUGCCCCGGACCUCCAGGAGCACUCCUUCCUCUCCCGCCCGGACGCGCUCCUCCCUCGUUCAGAGCACCAGCUUCCUGGAGUCGAUUCCAGUGACCCUGACCAUGGAGCCCAAGGACUGGCUCAACACGGGCCUGGAGGACGAGGCGGGUGGCGUCACGCUGCCUGACUCGGGUCUGGCGAGACAGGCGGGCGAGCAAAUCCGACCUCUGCGAGGGUUCGACGUGGAACUCAGGAGAAAACCAGGAGAGGGCUUCGGGUUCGUCAUCGCCUCUCAGGACGUGGAGAACGGCAAAGGUGAGAGUCAACAAAGAGCCAUGCUGGAGCGACUGCAGUCCGCUUUGAAAACUGUGAAGGAGUCUAAACCUGCUUCUCUCCUCCCUCACCGGUUCGUGACGGUGCGGCGAGGCAGCCCAGCGGCGAAGAGCGGUCAGAUCCGACCCGGGGAUCGGCUGGAGGCGGUGGAGGGACGCUCCGUGGUCACGCUGCCUCAUCGGGAGCUCGCUCAGAUCCUUCGCCGGGUGGGAAACUCGCUGCGGCUCACCAUCAUCCCCCGGCCCAGCACCUACUCCUCAAGCCUCUCAGAAACAAAUGAAUAUGACCCCACCCACAAAAGCAGGAAAGGUCAGAGGUCACGUCCAAAGCGGGACUCCAGAUAUUACAGCACGGACCUGGACCGCGGCCCCUCCGGCUUCGGCUUCAGCCUGCGGGGGGGCAGCGAGUACAACAUGGGCCUAUACGUCCUUGGACUGAUGGAGGGGGGGCCGGCCUCCCGGAGCCAGAAAAUGCAGGUGAGCGAUCAGCUGGUGGAGAUCAACGGGGACAGCACGGCCGGGAUGACCCACAGCCAGGCCGUGGAGCAGAUCCGCCGGGGGGGGCACCGCAUCCACCUGGUGCUCAAGAGAGGCAACGGCUACGUGCCCGACUAUGUGGAGCUCUCCAGUUUGUCUCUAUGUAUGACCAACUCCAAGCUAGGCGAGCCUUGCUUCUAUGUCAUUGGACGGACAGAGAAUACGCGGUUGGUAAUGGUUCCUGCCAUGAGCGCAGACUCACCCCCUCCUCCCUCCUGCAUCACCCCAAGAAGCAGAGUUUGGCUGCAGUAG